AUUGACAAAAACAAGCAUGUGUAUGGAUCCGAGAUUGGAAAAGUAACAACAAAACUUUAAUUAAUAACUCUCAAGGAAAAUAAAAAUGUGCAAUAAUGAAAAUCAAGAAAAAUGCAUUGUUAAACGUGUUCGUCUCUUUAGUUUUAAUUGUGAUACUUUAUUUUGGAUGUUUGUAUUUGACUGUUAAGUCAACACCUACUCCGUUAACAAAUGUUCAGUUUAAAAAACUGGAGGAUAUUUUGCCCAGGGACUGCAACAUAUGGUUGAUAUUUACGAAGGUGACAAAUAAAUCAUCUUUGAAUAUAAAAUUCGGAGAACUUUUGCAAAACCUUCUCAAUACUUCCUCAAUUCCGCUCAAAUUCCAUAUCAUAGUAGAUGAAAAAUCUAAAAAUAUCGCAAGUAACAAGUUAUCAGAAGUUGUUUAUAAAACUAACCGCUCAAUUACUUAUAGUUUCUAUGAUUUUGAUGAGUGUGCCUCCAAAAUUGGAGAUAUUGUUAGUACUAUGACUCCCUUCUUUAGCUCUAAGCCGGGAACCUAUUAUAGUGAUGCCUUAUUUUAUAUAUCGCUAGGCUUAUACAGAAUUGCACCAGUGACUCAAGAUACUGCAAUUCUCUUGGACUGUGAUCUUUACUUUAAAAAAGAUAUAGCAUUACUUUUUGAAGAAUUUAAAAGAUUUAAACCAACAGCUUUAUUUGGUUUAGCUCCAGAGUUGACUCCAGUGUAUCGCCACAUUCUUCACAUGUACAAGCUGAAGCAUAGAACAACAUUCGGCGAAUUUUAUCAUGAUAGCAUUAUAUCUUCAAAAGAAGCACAUCCAAAAGGAUUUCAGGGUUACAACUCAGGUGUGGUUUUAGUUAAACUUAAAGAACUGAGGCAAUCUAAAGAAUUCUCAAAAUUAAUUGCCAAGAGUAAGAUAAGAAAUUUGACUGAAAGCUAUAGGUUUAGGGGACAUUUAGGGGACCAAGAUUUUUACACUCUUAUAGGAUAUGAAUACCCACAUUUAAUUCAGACUCUGAAUUGCGGCUUUAAUCGACAACUCUGUACUUGGUGGCGAGAUCAUGGUUAUCAUGAAAUAUUUGACCAUUAUUUUAAAUGUGAACAUCCUACUGUGGUGUUACAUGGAAAUUGUAACACGAAAAUUCCGAAAGAAAUAACUUUUUAGGCAUUAGUUUUCUUUUGAUGUUUAUAUUUAGUAUUUCUAGUUUGUUCCUUCUCUGUGAUUAUUUAUGGGCUAUAAAAAGAAAAUGACCCUAUCAAUCUAAACUUAUUUUUUAUUGUUUUAUUGUCUUGGGCGAACUCAACUGAUCUGGUAUUUUUUCUUGGAAGGUAAACAGAUUUUAACCAUAUUAUGUUGUUGAUUGUUAAGUUUAUGUUCAUAUCAUUCUGCAUGUAAUUUCGUGUUGGCUCCCUAUUUCAUUACAGCAUAUGUAUAUUAAACUGUAAUUCCUAUAAAUCCUUGCCAUACUUUGCCAUAUUGAAACCAAGAGGCUUGUAAAAGGUAUUAAAAUAUCUCUUUUAUAUUUUAUAUUAUUUAUGUAUUUCAUAUAUAUAUAUUUUUUCAUGUGGUUGUGGAUGUUUUUUGCGGUAAUAGUUACUCUAUAGAUUUAAAAAAGUGCAAUAACUGCAACUGUUUCAUAUACCUUUUUAUUAAUUUGAAUUUAAAUGUAAUUUUGUAUAUUUUUAUAUUGUUAUAUAAUUAUUUGUUCAUGAUUUUUAAAAUAAAACCACUUUUUUGGUUGUUUUAAGCAAGAGAAGUUGAAUUAAUGUAAGAAUGGUCUGUGCGUUCCAGAAACCCGUUUUGCCAGAGGACCGAACAAGCAAAAUGUUUCUAGGGAAUUUUUCUACGUUCACACCAUAUAGUAACUAGCAGCUAGAUAGAAUCCCACGCCUUUUUAUAAUACAGGAAUUUCUAAAGCCCACACAUAAAUUUUACGGAUGUGACUAACCAACAUGGCCGUUG